CGUCCUUCCAACGGCUGCUGCAGGUUGCCCCCACCAAAAAAUAUUACAUGACAUUGAUGCUCUCCUUCACAUGUUCCCUUUCUCCCGACCGGUCCUGUCUGUAUCAGUGACGACCUUCUCAGUUUGACUUGACCCGGUCUAUUCGAGCUUACGGUCACUAUUCCACGUGGUGAGUAGCUACAGUACAUCCAUUCUCAGAGAACCGGUCUUUUGGACUAAUCUUAAUGUUGUUUUGGAACAAUAGUGCUCAGAGUGGCCCAUGUCCCGUUCAAUCGCAACGCGUGCUUUCCUACUUUAUUAGAACACAAAAUCUAUCUGACUAUCCUUGCCCUUGAUUCGGUUGCAUCUUCCAUCGGUCGGUGACCAUUGGGUCAUCCACGACACCAAGACUGAGAGUAUACCGACUUAGGAGUCCGCUUUCCCUACGACAUCAUGGGUGCAAAACAGCCAAAGAUCCCUCCCCUUAUCGGGUGGCUAUAUGACCUUGUCUUAUGGUCAUUCUCCGUGCUUAUUGAUCUUUUCUUCCGCGAGGUACACCCGCGCGGUUCUUGGAAAAUUCCUCGACGGGGUCCGGUCAUUAUUGUCGCAGCUCCUCAUGCGAAUCAGUUUGUCGAUUCAUUAGUCCUUAUGCGUGUUAUGCGCGGCGAAGCGCACCGUCGCAUUUCAUGGCUCAUUGCGGAAAAGUCAUUCAAGCGCAAGUUCAUCGGAUUGUUGGCACGGGGAAUCGGUACUGUGCCGGUGGCCAGGGCUAUGGAUAAUAUGAAAUCUGGUGUUGGAACAAUCUAUCUACCGGACCCGGUCAACCAACCUACCCUGAUACGGGGAGUCGGCACCAACUUCGAAGGACCUGAAUACGAAAAAGAAGGAAUAAUUGCUCUCCCCAAAAUCAAUGGAACAUCGCACAAUGCAGCCAUUGCUGAAAUUCACGGCCCGGAGGAAUUGAUCCUAAAGAAGCCGUUCAAAGCCAAGGAUCCACUUUACCAGCUUACCGGAAGGAAGGACAUCACCGAUGAUGGGAAGUUUACGGGAGACGCAUAUGAUAGGGACACACCCAGUUUCAAGGGCUCUAAAUUCAAGGUCUCCCCUCAUGUGGAUCAAACGGCUGUGUACGAAGCGGUAUUUAGCAGACUCAAUGCUGGCGGGUGUGUUGGUAUCUUCCCAGAAGGUGGUAGCCAUGAUCGUUCCGAUCUGCUUCCUCUCAAAGCUGGUGUGGCUUUGAUGGCUCUUGGUACAUUGGCUGAUAAUCCAGACUGUGGCCUGAAAAUCGUGCCAUGCGGAAUGAACUACUUCCAUGCUCACAAGUUUCGAUCAAGGGCCGUGAUUGAAUUUGGAACUCCUUUUGAAGUGCCCAGGGAACUGGUGGAUCAGUAUAAACGCGGAGAACGACGAGAGGCUGUCGGCGCAUUGCUGGACAUCAUAUAUCAGAGUCUGGUUGCUGUUACUGUGACCAGCCCAGACUACGAGACCCUAAUGGUUAUCCAAGCCGCGCGUCGUCUCUAUAACACCAAAGGAAAGAAACUCCCGCUCCCAAUGGUAGUUGAGCUCAACCGUCGCCUUGUUAAAGGCUAUACACACUUCAAGGAUGAUCCCCGAGUUGUACAUCUCCGAAAGUCCAUCGUGGGAUAUAACAAGCAGCUACGCCUCUUAGGUAUCCGAGAUCACCAAGUGGAUUACGCGACAUUCACCUUCAUCCAGGUCAUCGCUACUUUGAUUUAUCGAUUGGUUAAAAUGGCUCUUCUCACAAUUGGAGUUUUGCCAGGUCUGCUUCUAUUCGCACCUGUCUUCAUCGCAACCAAAUCUAUCUCGAUCAAGAAAUCAAGGGAAGCAUUGGCAGCCUCCACGGUGAAGCUGCAAGGGCGCGAUGUUAUGGCAACGUGGAAGCUCCUCGUUGCCCUUGCAUUUGCCCCUGCAGUCUAUGCAUUUUACACGGCAGUUUUCACUUACUGGACGUACCGCAACCGUAUUGAAGGACUUGUUCCAAACUGGGUGCCGCUUUGGAUUAUUGUGCCCCUUGGCAUGGGCUUGUUCCCGACCAUUACCUUUGCGGCCCUUCGGUUUGGCGAAAUCGGCAUGGAUAUUCUGAAAUCCCUGAGACCCCUUGUGUUAUCACUGAAUCCUUCUUCGGCAAACAGCCUGGUCAGGCUUCGCCAGAAGCGCGCCACACUUGCACAACAAGUCACUGAUGCUAUCAAUACCCUGGGCCCAGAGUUGUUCCCUGACUUUGACGCUGCACGUAUUGUUACAGAUCCUUUCCGUGAAGUCAGCCGCCCGUCGGGUGAUACGUCACUACCCGAGAUCAGAAGGUCUACCACGAAUUUCGGAGAGGGAUCUGCUUCUCAAGAGCCGCUUCCGCGCAACGAGUCGUUCCACAAUCUUGCCAAUAUUGGCUUCUUCUCCACGCGACCUCCAAGUCGCAGCCGCAGCCACAGCCGUAGUAGCUCGUUUGACGGACGACCUGGCUCGUCAGGAUUUGGCUCGUUGGGACAUCAACUGAAGCCGCUGAGCCAGUUGAACUCCAAAGAUGGCCUGGAAGAAGUCAGCUCGAAGAUCCGUGAUGCCAUGAGAGAACGUGGCGAACGUCGCCGCAGACGAAGCGAAGAUAGUAGUAGCUGGGAUAUGGCCAGCUCUGGCACGAGAACACCGUCCAGUGAUGGACACAGAAAAGACAUUUAACCAAGUAUAAUCGAAUACCCCGACCCUUUCUAACCGUUUUCCCCGUAUUAUAGCGGCGGUGUUUGGCGUUGCAUUAUUGUACUCAAGUCCAUUUAUUUCUAUGUUUAUUUAAAUAAUAAAAUAAAAACCUGUGUUAUAAUUCUUUUCCC